GUUCAUGUGGCUAAUAAAUAUUUAGAGAGGUUUAUUCAUACAAAGAACCUGACGGUCUAUGAUGCCAACUCCAUCCUUUUCGUUUUGGACAGACGAGUGGGUCAAAGUUUUCAGAGCAAACAAAUAAAAUAUUUAGUUUGUUUGAUUGCAGAUUUCGGUGAAAAAGACAGUAUAUCAUCGAGAGAGAGAGAGAGAGAGAGAGAGAGAGAGAGAGAGAGAGAGUAAAAAGUAGAUUCCAUUUCAAUCUCCUAGCCUCCUCUAGCUGCUUAUCAACCUCCCCAUUAUAAAUUUAUACAUACCAUAUUGCAUUUAAUAUUCAUGAACUCCCCUUCAAUCUCUGCACCUAUAUAUUCUUUAUCUCGCUUCGACUUCUUCUCAAGGUAGUAUCUCCUUCAGGCUGCCUUGAGAGAGAGAGAGAGAGAGAGAGAGAGAGAUAUGGAGUUAAAUGAACAUGCUUUCUUCGAGGAAUUGCUGGGUCUACGAAGGGACACUUGGGAAACCAUUAAUCCUUCAGCAAUUAGUUCUAUGAGUGAGUUCUACUCCAAUGCCGGCAGCUUCGAUGGUUUUGAUGAAUACCCAUCUUCUGUUCUUCCAAAUUUUUCAUUUGAAGGCUUCUCCGCACCAUUAGAGGAAGGCCUUAGCUACCCCUUGAACGAGCUCUACUGCCCAUUCGGUGAUGGGUACUCUGCAAUGGAGAUCACAGAUUCGUCUUACAACAAGCUUGAUACGCCGCCGUGGCCGGCCCAAGAAGACUUCCCAUUGUCGACAAUGGAGGACGAAGAACUGGGUCAACCGGAAAAUGUUCUUCACAGCUUGGAGAUGACGGCUGCAUGUAAAGCUGAACCGGUUCAGUCCACAGAAACUCCGGUUUUCAACAUGGGUUACUCUGUUGAACGGAAGAACAGAGCCAGGAAGGCCGAUGGGCAGCCUUCAAAGAAUCUAAUGGCCGAGAGAAGGCGCAGGAAGAGACUAAAUGAUCGUCUCUCCAUGCUUAGAUCAGUUGUUCCUAAAAUAAGCAAGAUGGACAGAACAUCUAUACUUGGAGACACCAUUGAUUACGUGAAAGAGCUCUUGGAGAGAAUCAAUAAUUUGCAGGAAGAAGCUCGAGUGGAUUCAGAAAAGUUGAACUUGAUGGGCAUAUUCAAGGACCUAAAUCCAAAUGAAAUCUUGGUUAGAAAUUCACCCAAGUUUGAUGUGGAAAGAAGGAACACGGAUACCCGGAUUGAAAUCUGCUGUGCGGGGAAGCCAGGAUUGUUAUUAUCCACGGUGAACACCCUUGAAGCAUUAGGCCUUGAAGUAGAGCAGUGUGUUAUAAGCUGUUUCAAUGAUUUUGCAAUGCAUGCUUCUUGUUCAGAGGAAGUAGAUCAAAGAACAGUACUGAGUUCAGAAGACAUAAAGCAAGCAUUGUUUAGGAAUGCAGGAUACGGAGGAAGGUGCCUGUAGAAAACAAGAAGAGAAACAGAGAGCAAAGGGGAAUAACUGGGGUGAAGCUCUGAGAGAUGGGUAAUGGGUUUGCUAAGUCACUGUCGUUUCAAUGAGUUUUUACCAGAGAGAGGUUGCAGAGUGAUUAUGUUGUAGAAAUAAGUGGCUUCUCUGUUCAUCAGAGCUAUCUCACAACAGCCAAUUUAUGUACUUGUGUCUGCUGCGAUUGAAUUGUAUAUCAAUGAAAGGUGGCUUUUAGGCAGCUUUGGUCCACCACACGCCUCAGCAAACAAGUAUUUCUCACUUGCAAUUCUUUUAUUAUUGAGAAAGGGAAUGUUUGAAGGA